GGGUGACGUCAUUGCGCAGGCAGGUGGGUGGUGCUUUUUGGGUGCGUCAUUUCCGUUUCUCUUAGUGGUGGUUCGGAGAAGAGAGUAGCACGCAGAGCGGGACAAUGCCUAAAUCAAAGGAACUUGUGUCUUCAAGCUCAUCUGCCAGUGAUUCAGAUAGUGAAGUUGACAAAAAGGCAAAGAGGAAAAAGCAAGCAGCUCCAGAAAAACCUGUGAAGAAACAAAAGACUGGUGAAACUUCUAAAGGUGCAGCUUCCUCUAAGCAAAGCAGCAACAGAGAUGAGAAUAUGUUUCAGAUUGGCAAAAUGAGGUACGUCAGCGUUCGUGACUUUAAAGGGAAAGUCCUAAUUGAUAUUAGAGAAUACUGGAUGGAUCAAGAAGGUGAAAUGAAACCUGGAAGAAAAGGUAUUUCUUUAAAUCCAGAACAGUGGAGCCAGCUGAAGGAACAGAUUUCUGAUAUUGAUGAUGCAGUAAGAAAACUGUAAAGACAGAGCCAUACAGUAAUCUUUACUGUUUUAGUUGUUUUAAGCAGUCUUUUUACACAUUGGCUUUUGUUUUCUAAAAUAUUUGUUUUCCAAGCUAUUGUAUAUUUGGAUUGCAAAACAAUUUGUAAGAUGAAUACUUUUUUUUAUGUGCAUUAAAAGUGUAUUCUAAGUGAG